AUGUCUUCCCCUAGCUCCUCCAAUGGUGACGACCAGUCCCAGAACGUCGGUCAAAUCCAUUUCCGCUUCUGUCGUGAAUGUUCCAACCUCCUCUACCCAAAAGAAGACCGCGCCUCCAACAAGCUCAUGUACACCUGCCGAACCUGCCACGUCGGCGAACCGGCUACCUCCCCCUGCGUCUUCCAGAACAAGCUCAAUACCCAAGUCGGCGAUACGGCUGGCGUGACUCAGGAUGUGGGAUCGGAUCCUACGGUUGGUUUUUCCUUGUGUACUUUGUGCGGAGAGGAGAGUGAGGAGUAG